ACAUCCUCUUUGUAACGAUCGAAAUUAAUUCUAACCUUAACAGUCUAGUACGAAACUUAUUCGCGCGGUACGACAAUAAUAAAGCAAGAGUGUUAAUGAUCUGCUAAUAGCUAACAGUUCAUCGAGUAUCGUUAAUAGUACUGUGUGUAAAAAUGAAAAUACUUAUAUUGUUUACCAUGCUGGCGAUCCCUGAUUGUUAUGCUUCAGCAAGAAUAUAUUCAGAUAAAAAAUCAGAAGAAUCGACUACCGUCUUUCAUGUCAUGAAAAACAUUACGAACGACCAAAAAAAUGAAAUUUAUAAAAUGUAUUUAAUAAACAAAGAUGACCUCAAAUAUUUGUACUCACAAAAUGUGAAGCAACGUGAAGUUCUUUCAAAAUUAUUUCCGAAAUUAUUUGAUUUAUUAGAAGAGUCGGACAAACACAGGAAAAGAAGUACGGAAAAUGUUAACAGGAAAAGAAAUAUGUCGAGGAAAAAGCAGAAGAAAGCUAAAGCGUUAGGUCGGUUGUUAAUGAAUAAUGCUGCAAGCAAGAAUUACGACGAUAUUCAAGAUGAUUACAUCGACGAGGACGAUGAUUACUGGAUAGGCGUGAACCGGAAGAAGAUGAAAUGGGAGGAUUAUCGAAACGAAGAUGGUGCAAGUGUAAUGGAGUUGAUUGCCUUGAACGCGAGACACAAGACGAAUCUGCGUCAUGCGGAAAACACAUUUUAAUAUUAUUGAUAACGUUCCAAAUUUCACCGGGAAUUUGCAUUUCUAGUAAUAGAAUUUACAUUUCUAUUACUUAAUGUCAAUUGCAUAUUAAGUUUCAUUAAUAUUCAUAAAAAUCUUUAAGUUCAUUUUAAGUUAAGCUGACGUUCAUUUUAAUGACAUGCUUGCACUGCGAGUUACAUAAAAAUUACUUCAAAUUACACUUCUUUUUGCACAUAACAAAAGUUCACUUUUACACAUAGUACUUUACAGAUCGAUCAAA